GAUCGCGUCAACAGAUGGCAGCACCGUCCACGUGGCUCCUCCCUAGUCAACGCGAAGCCAUAUUGGGAAAGUCUGAUCCAAUAACGGGAACGGACGUUUUUAACGUAUUUUAGACUGUAUUAAGUGGCAUUGUUGCAUCUAAUAGAAAACAUGGAUGGAGAUAGUGGUCCUAAUGAGCCAGGACCAAGCAGGAACAUAGCAGGUGGACCUCACUUCAUGUCAGAACGCAUGGACCUUGUUCCUCCAUCCAGGCCAAGAGAUGAGGAUGAUGAUUCUGAAUAUGGUGUACGUAGGAGCAUCGGCUGUGAACAGCUAGCAGAUUGGAAUGCACAGUUGUAUGAGAAAAGUUAUGUGAAAUGUCCACUUCCCAAUUGUGGUAUAAUGUUCCAUGGAGCUACACAGAUUCAGAAUCACUAUGUCAACUGCACAGGAAGAUGUGAUGAUGCCAUCAUUGAGUGCAACCACUGCCAAGCUAUUGUAACAGCAGACCAAAUUCAACAACACUUGAAGAUAAUGCACCGUUUAGACCAGUCGCCACAGCCAAGCAGUGACUCUGGUAGCAGUGAGGUUGCCAGAGCAACAGGAAUCAUGGAGAGAGAGCGCAGACCAAGCCAAAAGAGUGGCGUUGGAUCAUCAGUUGUAGUGAGUCUCUCCUCUCUUCAGGAUCACCACCAUCACUGCCACCACCAACCUGCCAUUUUCCUUCAUCCUGGUGCUGAAGAGGAGGAUGGAAGAGACUUUCAAAUAUCUGAAAAUUGUGUUGAAACCAAAGAUCAUCAUUCUUUUAAGUUUGUUAAUCAAGACCAAAUGGAAAGGCAGUGGGUUCAUGAGCUUAAUGCAUCAGGAUGUGCCACCUGCCCAGUAGAAGGAUGCCAUCUCACCUUCCCAUCCAUGUCUGGCAUCAUACAGCACUUUCAACAUUGCCUGGGAAAGUCACAAGAGCCUUUUAUGUGUGAGCUGUGUAGUAAAAGGUUUGCAACAGGCAGAAUGCUGAAUGAUCAUAUGAUGCACAUUCAUGGUGAUGAUAGGGUAAAUAUUCGUGUUCGUAACCUAGAUACAAGUGUACCUGAUUAUAGCAUGAGGAGAAGGGUAGUGGAAGGAGAGGAUUCUGAGAGAAGAAGAUCUGGAAAUGGUCAUGUUUUCAACCCAUUGUCUGUUGAGGAGGAAGUAGCUUUAAAAUCAACAAAUGAUCGUCACUGGAAGCAGAGAGAUUAUAUUUUGGUUUCUUCUGCACAUGAAUCAGAGUCGUCCUUAAGUGAUUGUUACUUACCUCAGCAUCAGACUUCCCAGUCUGUAUAUAAUGUGCCAAAGAAUCAUACUCACCAUAGAGAUAUAUCUGGAACGGGUCCAAGUACAUAUAAUGUAGCCUCAUCAAGAAAAACUCAUCAUUCAGUUCCUAAACCACAUAGAUUGAUAGAUUAUGAAAAAGAUAGAAUACCUGACUCAUCACAUAGAUAUGAACCUCCUUCAGCAUUUCAUAGAGUAAAAGACAAAAAUGCAGGAGAACCAAGAAUGCUUAAAGUUUAUGAUAUUGAUUCUCAGCCUUCAAUAAGGAUUUCUGGUUACCCAGAAACAGGAGUUUUAUAUGGUGAAAAAGAUGAUCUUAGAGAACCUAUAUCUUCAGAAGACCCAUUCUUCAGGCCAACACAUAAUCAGCCAAUGAGAUAUGUAAGGAAAAUUGGUACUAGGUCACCUGUAUAUCCUAGUACAUCAGGAGUUAAAAGAAAAUAUUCUGAAGAACAUUGUGGGAAUGUUUAUGAGGCGACAAAGAGUAGGAAAUACAUACCAACAGUUUCUUAUACUGCUGGUUACACAAGUGAUGAAAGUGAAGAAGAUGCCAGGCUUCAUCCAAAGUAUGAUAGGAGAGUCCGGCAUUCACCAGUUAUGUGUUCCUACCCAAGACCUGUUGUGAAAACUGAAGUAUAUCCAGCUGGUGGCAGACCUGUUCGCAGGGACCAGUCUUAUAAUACCAACUUCGUGCAUAAUAUGAAGACACCAUAUAUUAGUUUUUCAAAGAAAGAGAGUACACCAACUUUUGAGAGACCAUUGCUUCCUGAUGAAUCCAAUUAUGGUAAUACAAAGUGUUGUAUGUGGGAAGAUGAUGAAGAUGAAAUGUUUGUAGCUCCAGUUCACAUUAAGAAGCGAGAAUUAGCAGAAAGAGCUCAGCAACUCCGGCGGGUAGAAGAGGCUGUUAAGCAGCAAGAAGAGGAAGCACAGCAAAGAACAUGGCGUGCACUGCGGGAACAAGAGUUGGCUUUGAAAGAGAAGGAAGAAGCCUUAAAACAAAGAGAAUUUGCAGCCCAGAAGAAAUUUGAAGAGGCCACAAGAAUGAUGGAAGAGACUCGUAAGCUUGGAGAUUCAAAGAAAUUUAAAGAAGACAAAAAUUUUGCUAGUGGACGUCCAAGUUUAUUGCUAGCUGUGAGCAAAAGAAGCAAUUCUGCUAGUUCACAUCUGAGUAAUGAGGAAUCAGGAAACAAAAUUUACCAAAAUACUGUUUCUGGGCCUGCAGAAAUCACAAAACGUACAGAUAGUUCAUUGGAACUUCAAGAUGGACCCCAAGUUGAAUGUAGUGAUGAGAGUGUGGGCAUUCACAGAGCCUAUCGGCCAGAAUCUUUUGAUCAUGAAAUAGGUAAUUCGGCUUUGAAUGAUAUUGCUUUUCCAAGGUUAAGUGAAAAUUCAAGUGAUACAUCUAUUAUGAAUAUUAAAACUUCAUCUGUUGAAGAUGAAAAUGGGUUGUCUAAGUCUCACAAAACUCAUACUCCAAUGAAAUCAUCAUCCCCUACUUGCACAAAAUCAUCUUCAACUUUAUUAGUAACUGGCAUUAAGAAACAUGCAUAUCCUUGGCAAACAAGUGAGGUUAUACCUAGUAUUGAACCAUCAAAAGUACUAAGAACCUACUCACGUAUACAAAGACGCCGCACUCUGACAGAUUCUUUUCCUCAGACUAGUUCUAACUCACCUUUGCGUGCACAAAGUUUGGUCCCAAACAGUAAGAUUUUUGUAUGUGGUACAUCAUUUAAAAGCCAGAAGGAGGAUAAUGGUGAAACUGUCAUUAAUGGUGGGGCCACAGUAACAAUUACUCCCUUGAUACCAUCAGAUAGGCCAAGAAGACCUUAUAGUGCCAUGCCAAAUAUGCAACCUUCAGGACAUGCAGACUGUCCAGAGUCACCUACCCUUCUAAGGUCUCGUCCUACAUCUGCCCUUGAAAACAGAAUUGAUAUCCCAGUGUCCAUAACAGUUACCAAGGAUGAUAAGGAGAUAUCAGUAGAUUCACCAAUCAAUCUUCACUUGGAAAAUGUUAAAAUACCUUUCCGUGAUCUAAAAGUCGUGUCUACUGAUUCUAAGCCAGUUGAAAAUGAAAAAAGUAAGAUCAAAAAUAUAUUUGUUCAUGAAGUGGACAAAGGAAGAGAGAUGAUUUUAAGAAAAAGAAGUAGUGACACCUGUAUCACACUUGAAAAAGGAGAACCAUAUUCUCGAGGGCGAAAAGGAAGAAAGUUGUCGAUGAUAUCACUUGCUGGUGUGUCAAUACCAGGUCAGAUACCCACAGAAAAGACAUUGAAGACAGGAGUUAAAUGCCAUGGAAAUUGGACUUCCACUCCCUCUUUACAAAUUUUCAAAGCUAAACCAUUAAAUUUUGAUAGUUCAGAUGAAAGUUUAAGAAUCUGUAAUUCCAGUGGAGAGUUUGAUGCUAACAUGAAGAUUUCAGGACAAUAUUCAAACACAUGUUUAGAUCUGUCUAUUGCCAAAAGCAACACACAUACAAAAAUUCAAGAUGCAAAACCUGUAUUGGCAACACUGAAUGACUCAUUUGUUAAAGACCAAAAUUCUCCUCACUCAGGAAAGCAGCUACUCAUAUCAUAUGAACAGGCUGAGCUAACUUCAAAACAAGAUAAACGUGAUAUACAACCAGUAGUUUCUUCCUCACAAUCACUAGUGGAUUUAUCUUUGGUGAAUAAUCCAGCUUCACAAACUCCCCCUUUCACAGUGGAAUCCCACAAUCCAUUGCCAGGAACAGAAUUACCAUGCUCAAAUACCCAAGAACCCGUACAUUGUGUCCAGACACUUCAUGCAACACAUGAUGAAUCCUGUAAAUCUAAUAGACAUUCAAUAGUUUCUCCUUGCACUCACUCAUCUGUGUCUCUGGAAGGUUCAUAUUCACCUUGUGGGACACCUGCUCAAGAGGAUGUGAUAAAUUCACAAGAUAAAUUUUGUGAAGAACAGACUAGCCCGGCCUUUGUUGACCAUCCUGUAGAUGAAAAAUCUGGCUCAAUUCACAGUACAGUACCAAUGCAAGAAGAGCCAUCCACAAAUGAAAUACAAGUGUCUGUGCAAGAAGAGCCAUCAUCAAAUGAACAACAAGUUUCUGUGCAAGAAGAGCCAUCAUCAAAUGAAAUACAGGUUUCUGUGCAAGAAGAACCAUCAUCUAAUGAAAUACAAGUGUCUGUGCAAGAAGAGCCAUCAUCAAAUGAAAUACAAGUUUCUGUGCAAGAGCCAUCAUCAAAUGAAAUACAAGUUUCUAUGCAAGAAGAGCCCUUGCCAGUACAUAUAUCCAACCUAGAUACAGCCAUAAAUGAUUCAUUGCAUUCCCAAAAUGAUACUCCAAGUUUAGAAAAUGUUGAUCAGAGAAAUCAUGAAAGCUCCUUAGUUACUUGUUCACCUGACCAAAAUCAGAAUGGAGAUCAUAUGUCUCAUAUUUCAAAACAAGAGCCAUAUGUUGCAGAAGAAACACAACCAACAUCACAUAUCACUAUGGUAAGCAAAGUUAAUAAUGAUGUAGAAGGGCAAGGUGCAGUAGAAAUAGACACUGACCAUCAGCUGCAGGUCUGUGAGAAAGAUGUAGGUAAUAAAGAAUGUAUUCCUGGUGAUGAUGAGCAAGAACCAGAAGUCCAGACACCACAAGAAAAAAGCCAAGAGUCACAGAUCAUGGGACAAGAAGGGGAACAAACUUGUCAGGAACAGGAAAUGUCAGACAAAGAGUGGGUUGUACAAGAGCAGAAAUGGCACUUACAAAACAAAGAUCACUCUAGAAGUGAUGAAAAUCCUACACAAGAAAUGCAAAAUUUUGCUCAGUUACAAGAAUUAUGCUCAAGUUUGCCACCUGCAGCAAGCACAGGUGUAGAAGCUGAGGAGACCUCUCAAAUUAAAAGUAAAGAAGUAACAGAUACCUGUGUAACAGAAGAACAAGGGCAUCAGGAACAAGUACAUGAUGUAAAUGAAUCACAGAUUAAAAGAGAAGGCACUAAUGUUAAUUUUAAUGUCACUGUACCUGAAGGAGCUUCACAUAUUAUAGGUGAAUUUGACCCAUCAACAGGGACUUUCAUUAGCAGUAAUCCUGUCCUUCUAAAAUCCAUCUUGGGCAACACUGUGACUUACCCCUUAGCAGCAGUACAUGAGGGAACUUUUCCUCCAGAAUUUACCAGCCAGUUCACUCAGCAGUUACCUGUUAUUAACCAGGUCAAGCAAGUUAGCGUACAGAGUCAGACAGAAGAAGUGCAGGAACAAGGGAAAUAUACUCAUGAUCAGUGUUAUGAUAUGGAAAGACAAACACAUUCAAAUUUUGAAACAAAUAUUGAAUCAUCAGACCUUGAAGAAAAGCAGUCCUACAUCAAUCAGGCUUAUGUAGACAAUUAUGAGAAUCAAGAUUUAUGUCAAGGUGAUGUGGUCGUAAACCAAAGUGUAGAACAGCUGAACACCAAUUUUUAUUAUAAGAUGGAAGAUAACCUUGCUGAAGCUAAUAAUGGAACUUUAGCUGAAAAAGAUGGAAAUGAGGAUAUGGGCAUUGAUGAAGUUGAAGAUGAGGAUGUUAGUAAUGAUGCAGAUAAUGUUGUAGAAGAUAUAGAGGUUGCAGAUUGUGAUGAAAGCACUGGUGUGAGCAUAAACUUUGAUACAAAUAAUUGCAUGUCCUCUGAAUUGAAAGACACUCAUUGUACAAUCAGUGAAGCUACCCAAAACGAUCAUCUAGAGAUGCCUGCAACUGAUAACAUUUCAGAUGCUGAAGGGAGAAAUCCUGAUAGUACCAUUUUGUAUCCUCCUAUUUAUGUGAGUCUUGGUAUAUCAGAAAAUGAUGCCGGAAAUGUGUGUGAUAAAAUCAAAGGAGAAAUCCUUGGAGAAGUAAGAGAUGAACAGACUGAAAGAGGAGGAACUGAAGUCAAUUGUACAAACAUAUUAUCUCCUCCUGAUAAAAGUGAUAGUAAUUUCAGAGCAAGUGGAUAUGAAAUGGCUAGUUGCAAAAUUCAAGAGCCUUGCACCACAGAAGUAGAGAAUGAUUUAUAUACCAGUGAAAGACAAGAGAUAUGUACUGAACUGCAUGAAGAUAGUGACAUUAGUUUUAAUGUUCAAGAUGAGUCUAAAGAGGAAGAUCAGACUAGGAAUCAAGAGUUAGAUGUAUCUCAAGAAAAUACUUUAGAAAGACAAAGCAGAGGUAAAGGAAGGAAAAGGAGUCGAAGAGGAUGUAGAAGAGGAAUAGCAAGAUCAAGAUCAAGAGGAAGAGGUAGGGGAAGGAUAAAACAGAGUAGAUCUGGAGUAUCACUUUGUGCCUUUGAGGAAUAUACUAACACCAUAGGGGAAUUAGACCAACAGACAGCAUAUACAAUUUAUUCCAAAAUAGAUGGUUUGGAGAAUAUGUUUGUUAAACAAAGUAAUAAUGGUGAAACAGCUUUAAUAGAUUUAGGAAGCACUGCUAGUAUAGAAGUAAAUUAUAAAGCACAUGAAAUGCUGAAAAAUGGAGCAGAUAAUGAUGGGAAGAAACAGGAGGUAAUUCUGAAUGUUGAUAAGUGUGUAACUGAUCAAGAACAUUCAUCUACUAUGUCUGUAAAACAUAAUAGAGAAAAUAAUUCAUGUAGCAUGAAAUCCCCUGGCUGUGUAGAGAACAGUACAUGCAAAACAUCCAUAAGGAGUGAGGUUUUGAAAGUUGAAGAGGAGAGGAUUGAACAUGUAUCUCGGGGAGGGCGAAAACUAAAACUUAAAGACUGGUGGACAGGUGUUGUAACAGACUCCUUUGCACCACGAAGCAGAGCAAGUAGUGUGUCGAAAUCACCAAGAAGUUCCUCAGGGAAGUCACCUAUACGAUCACCGUCUCACAUUUCGGUUCCAAAACAACUUUUGUUUGUGAAGGAGGAGAGAAGGACAAGCCAUUGUCAAGAAGAGUGCCAGGAGAAUGAUAAUUCAAACAUUAAUGUCAGUCAGAUAGGUAGUACCUUAACAUCAGAUGCAGAAUUCCAGGAUGUAACAGCUUCAUCUAUGUCUGUGGUAAGAAAAAGAGAGACAGAUUUGAAUUAUGAAGUCAAUAUAAGCUCAAAGAAGAAGGGCAGAUCAAGUAAAACUGAAAGUCAGUCAUUACCAGUCGAAGAAAUUGAAGUUAAAUGUGGAAAAUGUGAUGUCAUUUGCAACUCCAAUGCCCAUUUCAAUCUUCACAUUCAGCUUGAACAUAAUGGCCUUGCAAGACCUGAUGGUGAGGAUCAGACUUUCACAGAUAUUGAAGUAAAGGAGAUAUUAAAGAAAACUAUAAAAAAUAUGAAAAAACUAAAGUGUGAAGUCUGCAGCAAUUUCUUUAGAUCAUUACUUGGUUAUAGGAGACAUUCUGAAGCUUGUGGGAAAUCUAAUGAAGAGGUGAAUAUUAGAUGUACAAUCUGCAAUAAAGAACUGCGGUUAACUGCGGUACUACUACGAAGGGCAGCAGCAAAUUGCAAUGAAAGGCUUAAAGUUUGGAGAUCAAAUAGAACUGGGGAAAGUGGCAGUGAUAAUUCUGAUGCUGAAGAAGACUUUAAUAUUGAGCUGGAGGCAGACAAGUUUUAUUCAAAGCCUGAGUUAACAGAUGUUCCUGAAGAGGUUGUAUUGAAGUGGGAAUCUCAACUUAGUACUGGUGUAGAUGGUUGCUGUGGCAAUGAAGGGUGCACUUUCACUUUUUCAAGUAUUCCACAAGCAAAGUCACACUUCCAUCUAUGUUCAUAUUCAGCAACCAGACAGAUGUUCAUGUGUAAAAACUGUGAUUACACUUCCCAAACUGAAAGAGAGAUGGUGAGUCAUGUUUCUACCAUUCAUAUAGAUCUUACAGGAGGUGCAGAAGAAGAGAGUGAAUAUGACUUUUCUGAUGAUGAAUGUGAAGAGUCAUAUAGACAGACCAGAAGUUAUGGUAGAAUGAGUCAUGGCCAGCUUAAGCCUUUUGAACCAGCAAUGAGAUGGACUUUUGAGUUUUUGAAGGAUUCCAUUUCAGAGGAUGACCUGUUCUUGGAAUACUUCACAACAAAGGACAAAUGGAUCAUAUUAGAUGAGGAGCAGUACCUGAAAUUUUUACCAUCUAUUAAACAAAGUCCAAGGUUCAAGGUAAAACAGGCAGGUAAAGCAAACACUAUGACAGGAGAAUGGACCAAUAUACAGCAGUUUACUGGCCAGUCUGUAGGUGGAACGGAUGUGAUCUUUUGUGGAGGGCCAGUCAUAUCUUCUGCCUGGUGUCCACUGCCUCAAAAUGUUUCUCUUGGUAUGAGUCCACAGUAUCUAGCAUUGUCAACACUGAAAUCUCCAGAGAAAGAAUAUCCAAUAUUGAAGUCUACACUACAUGAAGGUCUUAUUCAGAUUUGGGAAUGCACAUCUGAAGGGAAAGAAAGUGGUAAACAUUUAAAGUUUGUGUUUGGAAUUGCACAUGAAUUUGGAAAUGUUUGGUCACUAGCAUGGUGCCCAUCUGGAGCAUAUGAAUAUCUGGAAGGGGAAUUAGCCUCUAGUCAACUGAAGAGGCUAGGGCUCUUGGCUGCAGCAUUUUCAGAUGGCUUCAUUCGCAUUUAUGUGAUUCCACACCCUGAUGACUUGGGUUUGCAUGAGGAAUCAAAGAUAUUUCAGUUGCAGCCUAAGGUUACCCUUAGUCCUGGAAAAAUGUACAAAGAUGAGGCUCAGUGCCUUCAUUUAGAUUGGUAUCAAGGAAAAGGACAUGCAGACAUUGCAGGGGCAUUGUCUGAUGGUGUUGUCUGUGUGUGGGAUAUCAGAUGCAAAUCUACCUUAUUGUAUGUUAAAGAUAUGCAUGGCAACUUCACAAUAUAUCCCAGAAAUUCUUUUCAGGCUCAUAAUGGAGUUUGCUCUGUAGUAGCUUUUUGCAAUACAACUGGAGGCAGGAAUCUUGUGACUGGAGGUAAUGAUCGAACAUAUAAAUUUUGGGAUCUGGAAAACACAGAUAUGCCUCUUAGUAUUAAUCGCCGAGGGCUAGUGUUAGAUGCAGUUUGGUUACCACAUUGGGCGGGCUGUUUUGUAUCAUUUGAUGAUGUCUAUGGUUUGUCAAACACAAGUUCAAGUUUCCGUGAGUGUGGUUUUUUUGGAAUCCAGUCUCGUAAUGUAUUAUCUUCCAAUGCACCAGUCUGGUCCCUUUCUGGUUCUGAUUGGUUGAAUGCAGUUGUGCAAGGGGACUCUGCUGGUGAAGUGGUAAUAACUGUACAGCAACAACUAUUCAGAAAUUAUGAGAAUGAUAAAUUUCCAUCAAAAAGAAAAGUUCCCUUGCUUUCAGUUAGAUUAGAAGACCUAGAGCAAGGCUCAAAAGUUUCUUUUAAACCUCAAGAGCCUAAGCCAAAGACCACUGAAAAGCCAAACACGAAAAUUAACAAGAAGUCAAAGAAAUCUCGCUCUAUCAAGGAAACAGAAGAUGAAUUUGAUGAGGAAGGUGAUGAACUGUGCCCAGCUGCAUACAUUGAAUGGCCCCAUACUUAUAUGGAAACUUGUCAAAAAUAUGGCAUAGUUUUUACUGAUCAAAAUACUCAGGAUUUCUCAAAAAUUCCUGCUUCAGAGAUGGCUGAGAGGAAGCGAUCUAAUAGUAUGGAACCAGGACCUGUUGCUUGCUAUCCACUAAUGGCAGCCACUUCAGUUGCAUGGAAUAAUAAUUUGGGAGCCCACACUUGGAUUUUUGUUGGCACACAGUCUGGACUUUGUAAAGUUCUUCAAGUGUCCGCCCUUAAUACAUCAGAGGGAGAAAAGCCUGAUAAGUACAAUUGUUAUAACAAGAGGUGGCAAUUUGAAAACCAAGCUAUAGACAAAGAGGCUGGAAUUAAAAUGAAAAAAUCAUGUAAGGAGGAUUGGAAUGUUUCAUUUGUAUUGAAAGCUAUUAUGUUUAAAAGAAUGCAUUCUGUUACUAAUGCAAAUAUGUUCAAAAACAUUUUUGGUAUGGAUUUCAAAAGAAUCCUAAAGGAAUACGUGUAUGGCCCAUUUGCCCACUGCCACAUUCAGUUUAGUAACAUUGUAAGAAAAUUUUGCUCCAAAAAUAGAGAUUCCCCAUGUGAUGUUCAAGGCAAUAGGCCAAGAUCAUCGUACCCGUCACUGUGCAUGAAGGUGAUCCGUGCUCGGUUUCCAUUGUACUACAUCAGCACCAAUGUAAAAACAUGUGUCAGGAGUGGGAUUCGAACCCACGCCCGGAAGACCGGACUGCGACCUGAACGCAGCGCCUUGGACCGCUCGGCCAUCCUGACAUAA